UAUGUUUUUAGGAUGAGGAGGGCGAGAGCAAGGACUGGAUUAAUGAGUUGCCAGAUUGCAUAUUGGUAUCCAUAUUUUCACUCUUGACCCUAAAAGAUGUAGUGGAUACCACCAUGGUAUCACGUCAAUGGAGGCAUCUUGGAUUGCAGCCAAUACUAACAAGGGUCAAUCUUGAAUUUGACCUUGCAAACAUUUUCGGAAUCAACGACGUUCGAGAUGACGAUUUUGAAGACGACUUGUAUGCUGAGGACUUCUCAAAACAAGACUUUGUAAGAUGCGUGAACAAAGUUUUGCAGCUCCACCAUGGCAACAAGGUAGAGUCGUUCAAAGUGGAAUUCUUUUUUAACAGAGAAUCCACCAUUAUCCUUGACGAAUGGGUUCGUUUUGCAAUUACAAAGGGAGCUCAAGUGCUUGACCUUCAUUUAUAUUGUUGCACGUACUCGCUGUCAGAGAGAGAAGAGAGAGAAACUUUUUAUGAUUUCCCUUGCUGGUUGCUUUCAGAGCUGAACCCAUCACCUCUAAAGAAUUUGUCAUUGGCUAGAUGUUUUCUAAGACCUCCACCCGACUUUGACAGAUUCAAUCAGCUAACAACUCUUUAUCUGUACAAAGCUGUCGUAGACAACAUUUCUCUGGCACGUCUCUUAUCUGACUGUUUGCUACUCGAAAGCUUGACCUUAGAUAGUUGCAUGGGAGCCACAGAUUUGUUAGCUAAAGCUAUGUUUCCUUGUUUUAUGGGAACAUUGUUUCCUUGUUUCAUGAAACCUUGUUUUCUUGUUUGUAGUUGUAGGACUUGUAUAAAUAUGUUGUAAUCAAUAAAAACUGAUACAAGUUGAAAACCCAGAAAAUUAUCUUCUCU